CGACAAGAGGGUUCGCAUCAAGCGAGACCGGAUGGAGAAGGAGAUCCCUGGGAAUCGGCAUAAGCUCGAACCUUCCCCCGGCCAAAGACCCCUUUUGAGGCUGGAGAACGUUUGGGAACAAGACGUCCAAGAAGUGCUCCGCCUCGAUUGUAGCCUUUGUGCCUGGCCGGCCGCUGUUGAGCGGCUUCCGACCGUCACCAUUACCAACCACAAGAAAAAGACCUCCAUCCUGGGAGGUCAGGGUUUCCCGAAUAGCUCUUACAUACCACUCGACCGCGACCGCAGCAGCAGUCCAUUCCCUGCCGGAGGUUAUCAUGAUCGCGAGGGUCUUACUGGCCCUUCUACCUCUAGACAAACAGCCUCUAGCCGCAUCAUGUACAUGCCCAGCUCGAGAUGGACGUGGUCAUUCCUAAUGAUUGCCGUCUGUCAAGCCGGCAUCGGUCUAGGACUUGAAGNNGGUGCCUAUGUUUUCGCCAAGUUUCAGAUCUCGCUCAAUCCCGAAGCGCGAAGGACAACACAAUCACGAACCAUCCCUACAUACCUCGCCUUGUUCAUUUUCGGAUUCAUCUACCAACUCGCGCUCGUCUGGGAUGCCUUACGCCUGAAGAACACGAUUCAAGUCAUCGGCCUCUGUCUUUACAAUCUCGGGUUACUCAUAUACGCUACCGUACAGUACGACCAAAUUGAUCGCGCUGUCCAAGUUCUGAAUCAGGCCAAUGAGAUCGAACACGGCUUUGGUCACGAUGUGAAGCCUUUCCUCGUUGCAGUACCCUGCGUUCUUGCGCUGGGCACAAUAGCUUUCAGCAUCGUGACAUGGAAGUUGUAUGACGAGUUCGCCUGGACUAUUUACAAGCACAUCUCAGCAGACUUGCGCUUGAAGCGCCGUUAUCUUGUUUACCAGAUUUACAUCGCCCUCCUCAAGUUUGACUUUUUCUUUNUCCUCGGAUUCACAGUACAAUUCGUCGUUGUGGUUCGCGAGCACACCUCCAAUAUCGAAUUCGCUCUCACAAUUGCCGCCAUUCCUGUUACCAUUGCAAUCUUGCUUGCGGCGGCAUGGUUCACAAGACGCGAGUCUACGUUGGGAAUGUGCAGCACGAUCGUACUCUACUUCGCUGCCAUGGCCUACUUUCUUUUCAAGCUCGUGCGCAUGUAUGACUCGAACAACCCGGAAAGGGUGGAAGACUACGAGCCUGCGCGGAAAAGUUUGACGACGUUUGCUGUCAUCACGCUUCUGCUGUUGAUUUUGACAAUCAUCAAUUGCGCAUGGUGCACGGCGAACUUCAACAAGGGCUUGAAACCUCACAUCCAACGACGAAGAGUGAUUGGAGUCGAGGACAAGAGUUAUCCGUACGAAAGACGACACAACUCGUUGGGAGGAGCGCAUGCCAUGGGAGCAGUCCCAUCGAGGAUGACGAUUGAC